GUGCCGAGCAGCGCUUAGUCGUGCGAGACACGUCGCGGGGUGCGGUUGGUUCGUCGUAGUGAUCGUCGCGGUAGUGCAUGCGUGCGUGCGUGCGUGCGAGCGUGCGUGCAUACAUGCGUGCGUGCGGAAGGAAAGAGAGAUAGAGAGAAAGGAGGAGGGAGAAACUAUCUGUCCUUAUCUGUGCCUUUCGGAGGGCGGCGAGGGUGGUGCGGACGAGAUGCGCGCGUGCCGAUAACGAUAAGGCCGCCGCAGGGAUGUGCCUAGCGGGGGGCACCGCUCGGGCCCUCCUGCUCCUGGCGCUCGUGCUGUGCCAGCGUGCCGGCCGCGUCGAUGGCAAGAAUGAUAAUCACCAGAUGAGCGACAUUUGCAAGAAGUACUUCAUGCGGGAUCUCUACAGGAAGAUAGACGGCGCCGUUAUUACCUCGCAGAAUGAGAGGGAGCUCGAUUGCUCCAUUACUUUCCAGACUCACAGCAUCCUCCAGCGGUUCAUGCUCCGAUUCGAUCAGCUGCAGCUAGACUGCAACGACCAUCUCUACAUCUACGAUGGCGCGCACGCGGUCGGAAGCUACAAGGCAGACCUAUCAUGCAGGAACACGAAGCAGACCGUGGGCGCGAUUUACACGCGCACGAACUUCGUGACGUUGAAAUACAUCACCGACGCCUGGGGCACUAACGCGAAUGGCUUCCGCCUCGUCAUCACAGCCGUCAAGGAUCCGAAGCAUACCUGCAAGGAUUUUCGGUGCACUCAGAAUGAAUUCUGCAUCGAGACGGAUCUCCUUUGCGACGGCGUGAAUCACUGUGGUGACGGAUCUGACGAGGCCACCUCCACCCUCUGUGCCAACUCCGAGGUAUCGACGAUCCUGGGCAUGCAGACUACUUGGUUCGCCAUCGCCCUUGUUUUUCUGAUACUCAGCAUGGGCGGCCUGGUAACGGCGGCAGUUCUCUGCUUUUGCAGGCAGCGUGUUCCUACCCCGAGGCACCCCCAUAACGCGCACAAUGCUCAGUCUCAUCCCCCAGUCAGCUUCCCAUGGAUUCCAAGCUCGUCGAGGCUCAUCCAGUACGUGCCGUCGCUCUGUCGCGGAGUUUCGCCCGCGACGAUCGACCGGUCGUGGCAGCGACCAGUUCCCCGCAGACAGUCGAUGGGAACCAUUCGUGGACAUCUCGCACAGCCUCGUGGUCAAAGUGGAGUUUCUGACAGAUUUAAGAUGACCAUCAGUGGUCACGGUGGCAAUCCACCGAUCUGGAGGACCCUGCCGGUGCUUCUCCUGGUCACCGUCCAGCUUGCCGUAGCCGCAAACACACGGACCUUCGUCGUGAGCAACACGGUAGACGAUCAACUCGGUAAAGACUACUUCGUGGGACCCUGUCUGGUGAACACCAAUCAAACCUGUCCUGACGAGGAAGUGACGUUCUUCCUCUAUACCAAACACAAUCCAAAUGAAGCACAGCAGCUACUAGUGAACGACACCGCGUCGAAUUUGGUCGACACCAACUUUGUGGCGACCUUACCCACGAAGAUUAUCGUGCACGGUUACAACUCGGACAUGUAUCUGGACUAUCUGGUAGUCAUGAGGAACGAAUAUCUGAAGAAAGGCAGCUACAACCUCAUCGCGGUUGACUGGCAUCGUCUGGCGACAGCGCCCUGCUACCCCGUGGCUGUCCACAACGUGCCCCACGUGGGCGACUGUUUGGCACAGCUGAUCGAACGUCUAAGAGAUUAUGGCGCUACGAAUAUCCACGUGAUCGGCUUCAGUCUUGGCGCUCACGUGCCAGCAUUCGCUGCCAACGUGUUACAUCCGUAUCAGCUUACGAGAAUUACUGGUCUCGACCCGGCGAUGCCGCUCUUCGUCACUGUUGACAAGAGCGAGAAACUCGACGCGAGCGACGCUGAGUUCGUCGACGUGCUGCAUACGAACGCCUUCAUCCAGGGCCAGUUCGAAGCGAGUGGUCACAUCGACUUUUACGUGAAUGGUGGAGUCAACCAGCCCGGUUGUUGGGGACAUGGAAACCCGUUCGGCUGCAGCCAUCACAGAUCCACGGAGUACUUUGCCGAGUCGAUCAACACGAAGAUCGGUUUCUGGGGCUGGCCGUGUUCUGGUUUCUUGACGUAUCUGCUGGGCCUCUGCCCACCCAGGUUUCCUGCUGUGCUGAUGGGCGACGACGUUAACAGGGAUUAUAGGGGGUUCUAUCUAGUGAAGACGAAGGCGCAGAGUCCGUUCGCGGAAGGCAUGUUCUCGGUGGAGGAUUUAUACCAGCAGAAUAUUUACCAGUGAUUGUGAAAUGUGCACGCGAGCAUGCCGAUGAUCCCUCUUAGAAGAAAGAAACGUUACGAGGAGAUCGUGAAACGCUUUGUACGUGACGAUUGACGAAACGUGAAGAAAGGGUCGCUUCACCGAAAACGUAAAAGACUCUUCGUGUUAACGCGACCUCGCGUGUCGACAAGAUUGAGAUAUCUCGAUGGUGCCAAGCACUAUGUUCGGGGGAAUGUUUCAAGUCAUUCACAUCGGCGCACUGUAGCGGGCUGUGAAUAGAAUGUGCUCGAGUAUCGUAACGAAUAAGAAGAUGUAAUCAUCACACGCUACCUUUACGAGUAAACUGGGAAAGUAAUUCAUUUAAGAGUUUCAUUAUACACGAUGGUUACUUUACGAAAUUGCGUAAUUUACUCGUGAAUGUAGAAUAUGAUGGUUUGCUAGAAAUAGGUUUACCUAAUGGAGGAAAUCGAUUUUCUAGCGAGUAUAUUGUACAUACAUUAUCCACAUUAUAUUAUAUUUAUAUUUUACAAAUGGUUAUGUGUUAUAUUCCACUUUUUCGUGGAUGAGAAACGGUGUCGAAUCGAGAACAACUUGAAUAUAUCAUGAGAAAUGUGAUAGAGAGCUAAAGAACGCGAUAACUGCAGCCAAUUGUACAGAAGACUCUGCUUCACCAAUUCAGAAAAUUUCAUCAUCGUGGUGUUAAAGCCCGAUCAAAUCGGCGAGAUCAACGUUAAGUGGAAUCUCGUGAGAUCGAGGGAGGUUUCUUUGCCGACUUCAUUACACGUUCCGGGCUCGCAAGUCUGAUGCUGCGCAAGGAGGUCUACUACCAUGUCAAGGUCAGACGACUGCCGAGACCUGCUAAUCGAUAUCUCGCCAAACCGGAGAAGUGGGGCGGACACGCUCGUAUACCGGGCAAUUUCUUAUCGAUCCGACGUACGCCGGUUGAAUAAAAGUUUAACUGUAUUUAACUGUACCUAUCCAUCUGUCUGUCAAUCCAUCCGUCCAUCUAUCUGUCUGUCAUCUAUCUAUCCAUGUAUCUGUCUAUUUAAACUGUUUCUCUUUCGGUGGUUUCCCGCGGCGACGAUAUCGUCAAGUCUCGAAAUUGUCGAAUUUGUAGAUCUAGCGAUAGGUUUUCCUAAUCAACUCUGCUUGCUCGCUAUCGUUUGUUAUUUUAUAAUUACAUUUCACUGUUGAGAUAUAAGUGUCAACGUGUUUUCUGCAGCAAAAUUGUACCUUAUGUAUCAAGCUCCAUCGCAGCACAAUGUAACAGAUUUUGGAACGGAAUAGAAAUUUGAUUGAAGUACGAUACGAUGCACGCGGAAUUUUUUGUACAAUCCUUGUACUUCCACCGUUCUCUAUUGCGUCCUCGUCUUGGAAAAAUGUAGCGAGAUGCUCGGUAUCAAGGAAACGAUAACUUUUGCUACACGGAUAGACCGGAAACCUCAACUGAUCCUGUUAGUCUCUUGAGAGAUUCGACCUCAAGAAUAUAUAUAAGACUUAUAUAUACUAUAUACAUCAUGAGAGACAUUCCCCAGGAGGGAAAAACGUCGCGGAAAUGGUUUCUGAUUAUUAUUAUAUUAUAUUAUAUUAUAUUAUAUAUAUAUUUUUUUACUUUCGCUCGACUUCCACGGAGAUUAGAUAUUCUGUAUAAUUUUAUUUGAACGCAAUAGUUCGCAUCCCUUUGUACAGAUACAAAGAACAAACCUCGCUUUAAGAUAAUUCAGCAUACGCUUGUAAUAAUAAUCACAUAAUAAAUGUAAGUGUUACACAUAUUGAGUUCAAUAAAGGGAAACGGAUCAAACUCUCA